AUGGAUCCUGGCCAGAUGGCUCGCCCAAGUAGGAUGUAUUCUGGGCCGGGUGCCGAAUCUGGGCCGUGGAACCCAAGACGGAGUUACCCGAAAAGCCAUAUGCCCAACUCGAAUCCCCAAGACUGGCCCCGCGACGAAAUGUAUUCUGCCUCGAGUAUGAAUACCUUUGGCGCCGGUAACACUUUCGCUCCGCGCACGGAAACGCCGUCCAUGGGUCUACCUGGCUUCAUGCCUCCGCCGCAAACCGGGUUGAACACCAACCAAUUGCCCGCUUACGGAUCAUAUCAGAGCUCCAAGGCUUCAUGGGAGGCGCAAGAGAGACAGUCCCCAACGGAAUCCGUGGAUGAUAUCCUGGCGUCACCGAACUUGUCCGAAUAUUCCUUGGAAAAUGGAGCCGAUUCUGCCUAUACCGGACGACGAUCCAAGCCAAAUCCUAAUGCGAAUGCAAACCCCAGAACUCGGCCACAGAGGCGGCCUUCAAACCGAGACGAAUUCGACGGGCCUCAUCAAUUCCUCCAACGUCCUCCUCCAGAGGUGGUUGCAAUGCAAGAGCGCGAAUUGCCUCAUCUGCCGACCAACUUGCAUGUGCAGGAGCAAGACAUGGUCCUGGGACAGGUCAACGAUCGCCUAUCCCAAUGCGCAUACGAUUUCGUAGCCAAAUAUCAGUUUCCUAUUCCUCUCUCCCAGAAUAUGCGCCCGGUAGAGCGGCCCCAGGAUCGCGAAUGGACCGAGUGGGUUUAUUUGCUCAAGAGAUUGGCAACAAAGCGAAGGAUCCCUGCCCGCGUUUUGUACAACGGCCAAAUUAAGCAAUUUGUGACCAUCCUGGAGAACUCCCUGGAAAUGAGGCACGCUUCCAAGCACCAAAGCCGGCCGCUGAAGGAUGACAGAAACAUAUUGCAGCUCAUUUCGGCAGGAAUACAAGUUGCCAAGAUACUGCGAGAUGCCUCGGCAAUGGAAUACCUUGACCGACUGUACAUCUCUACAGAGAAGCAGAUCCAGGAACGCACUUCGUCGAGAUUCCGACCCUGA